AUGGCGGUGUGCGUGUGGGCGGCGGCCCCCUUGCUGUUCCUGGGCCUGUGCCUGUGCAGCGUGGGCGGCCAGGCCCAGGGCGAGGUGCUGGAGUUCGGGGGCGUGUCGGGCCAGUGGGGGCGCUUCCCCGUGUGGAACGCCUGCUGCGAGAGCGUCCUGAGCUUCAGCCUGCGGACUCACAGCCAGGAGGGGCUGCUGCUGUACCUGGACGACGAGGGCUUCUGCGACUUCCUGGAGCUGCUGCUGAUGCACGGCCGCCUGCGCCUUCGCUUCUCCAUCUUCUGCGCCGAGCCGGCCGAGCUGCAGACGGCGGCGGCGGUGAGCGACGGCCACUGGCACGCCGUGCGCGUCCGGCGGGACUGGCGGAACACGUCGCUGGAGGUGGACGGCCGGCUGGAGGGCUGGGCGGAGGUGAAGAGCAAGCGGAGGGACAUGACGGUGUUCAGCCACACCUUCCUGGGCGGGGUGGCGCCCGAGCUGCACGCCUCGCCGCUGCGCCUCACCGCGCCCUCGGUGCGCGACCACCCGCCUUUCCGCGGCUGGGUCACGGGCGUGAGCGUCAACGGCACGCUGGCGGCGCUGGACGGCUCGGAGGGCGUGGCCGUGACGGCGGGCUGCGGGCCGGACCACCGCUGCCAGAACGGCGGCGUGUGCAGCGUGGUGGACGAGCGGACCGUCUGCGACUGCUCCGACACGGGUUACCAGGGCAACGACUGCAGCGAAGAACAUGGCUACACUCCAGGUCUGGCACACCUGAUGAUCGGCGACCAAGGUCGCCAGCUGACCAUCUUCAACAGCCAGACCACGGUGCGCGUGGGCGCGGCCGGCACGGCCGGCGCGGGGGAGGACACGCCGUCCGCGCCGUCGCCGGCCGGCGGGAUGUUCCAGGGCCAGCUGGCCGGCCUCUACUACAAUGGCCUGCGCAUCCUGAACAUGGCCGCCGAGGGCCACCCGCACAUCAAGGUCGAGGGCAGCGCGCGGCUGGUGGGCGACAUGCCCUCCUCCUCCAUCACGCCGCAGUCCAGCGCCGCCGCCGCCGGGGGCAACCGCUCCGACUCCGCCCCCUCCAUCAGCGACAUCACCACCACCACCGCCACCAACCGGAAGCAGGGCACCACCCAGCAGCCCUGUGUGGGCGUCGACCGGACCUUUGUGGGCAUCGACCGGGCCUUUGUGGGAGUCGACCGGGCCUUUGUGGGAGUCGACCGGGCCUUUGUGGGAGUCGACCGGGCCUUUGUGGGCGUCGACCAGCGCUUUGUGGGCGUCGACCAGCGUUUUGUGGGCGUCGACCAGCCCUUUGCGGGCACCGCUGCGAGACGAUACACCUUCCUGUUCCUUCUCAAGCGGCUCCAGGAUUGUAUUCCUCGUCUCGUUUGUCCCAAAAUUGCCAGCAUCCUUUGA